GGGUUCCUGUGUAACCUCAUUGGCCUGUGCCAGCAGCUGGAUGAUUCCAGUUCCGACGGGGGGUCCCCGAACCCCGAGAGCGCCCGGGACGCCCCUGACGUCGGGGCUGAGAAGCGACCCCGCAGCGGCUCCGACUCGUCGCGGGGGGGCCCCAAGGACAUGGCGAGAAAGAAACAGCGACUGGAUCAGGGUUCUGAGGCCAGUUCUGAUGAGGAGGAUUCUGGGAUUGAUUCGAGGAAGCCGAAACUGGCUCCUGGCCAGGAGGAUGCCGGGAAAUCCAGGCACACGGGAUCGUGUGAGGACGAGGGGGACUCUGGGGCAGAGGAGACACCAGACCGGGGUGGCGCCGGCAGAGAGCGCGACUCCGAAUGGGCGGCCGGCAGCGAGGGAACGAAGCAGCCCCCGAGGAGGAGAGCAGAGGGAGCCGAGGCGCAGGGCCGGCCGGGGAAGAAGCGAGCGAGAGAGGCAGAGCGGAGGGGUGACUGUGGGGAGCAGAAGGGGAAAGCGAAUGGGGGGAUCACAGCUCAGACGCAGGAGGAAUCGGGGAGUGAAUCGGCAGUGGAGGAGGAGGAGUGUGAGCGGCAGAAGCAGACAGGGAAGACCAAGCGGAGGAGUGAUAGCGAGGAGGAGGGGGACAGCAAGAAAAAGGGAAGGAUGAAGGCUCAGGGGAUGGAAGUGGGGAGCGACUCUGAGGUGAACGAGAAGGAGUGUCAGAGCAGAAAAGGGGCAGGGAAGAAGAGAACGAGGAAGGCAGGGAGAUGGAGUGAUAGUGAGGAGGAAGAGAACAAGGAGAAGAGGACAAAGGCUCAGAGAGAGGAGGAAUCAAGGAGCGAGUCAGAGGAGGGUAGGAGCCGGAAGCCGGCAGGGAAGAAGGGAACGAAGGAGGCCGAGCGCAGGAGUGAUAGCGAUGCUGAGGAAGUGGGCAGCAGGAAGAGGGGCAGGUUGAUGGCUCAGAAGAGGGAGGAAUUGGGGAGCGAGUCAGAAGAGGAAGAGGAGGAUAGGAGCCGGAAGCCGGCAGGGAAGAAGGGAACGAAGAAAGCGGAGUGGAGGAGUGAUAGCGAGGCUGAGGAAGUGGGCAGCAGGAAGAGGGGCAGGUUGACGGCUCAGAAGAGGGAGGAAUUGGGGAGCGAGUCAGAAGAGGAAGAGGAGGAUAGGAGCCGGAAGCCGGCAGGGAAGAAGGGAACGAAGGAGGCCGAGCGGAGGAGUGAUAGCGAGGCUGAGGAAGUGGGCAGCAAGAAGACGACAAAGGCUCAGAAGUGGGAGGAAUUGGGGAGCGAGGAGGGUAGGAGCAGGAAGCCGGGAAUGAAGGAGGCGGAGCUGGAGAGGAAGAAGAGGACGACGAAGGCCCAGAGUGAGGAGGAAUCUGGGAGUGAGGAGGAGGACGGUGGGAGCAGGAAGGGGACGGGGAAGAUGGGAAGGAGGAAGGCCGAGCGGGGCAGCGAGAGCGAGGAGGAGGAGGGUGAGAGCAGGAAGGGGACGGGGAAGAUGGGAAGGAGGAAGGCCGAGCGGGGCAGCGAGAGUGAGGAGGAGGAGGGUGGGAGCAGGAAGGGGACGGGGAAAGAGGGAAGGAGGAAGGCCAAGCGGGGCAGCAAGAGCGAGGAAGAGGAGGGGAAGGUGCAGGCGAGGCAGAGGGGCAGCUCUGAGACAGACGACGACGACUCUUCCUCCUCCUCCUCCGCACAGGAUGAGAACAACAGCCCCAACCCAGGCUUCCGGCGCAAGAAGGGAAAGGCGCCAGGCAGCGGGGGGGCCGGCCCGGCGGAGGAGCACCCGGCGGUGCGGCGGCUGAAGCGCUACAUCCUGGCCUGUGGCGUGCGGCGGAACUACAGGAAGCUGCUGGCCGGGUGUCGCUCCGUCAAGCAGCGGGUCGGGGUCUUGCGCCGGGAGCUGGAGGCCAUUGGGCUGCAGGGGAACCCCUCUCUGGAACGGUGCCGGGCGCUGCGGCUGCGCCGGGAGGAGGCAGCCGAGGUGGCAGCGCUGGACGUAGGGAACAUCAUCGCCUCGGACGGCCGUCCCCGGCGCCGGAACAUCUGGAGCCUGUACAGCACUCCCCCGGCCGACCCCCCAGUCGCCGACGGGGGCCCCCCAGCCCGGCACCCAGUGGACUGGUCCAGCCUCCGCGGCGUGAUCAGCAGUGACGCAGAGAGCGAUUGAGGCUGGGGGGCAGCGCCUGGGUAUAACACCCCCCCUGCCCACUGUGGGGCUCACCCCUGCUUGGAAGGGCCCAUUGUUUGGGGGGGCAGGUCAGGGAGUGCCCCCUGUUGGACGGGGGGGCAAAUCCGUCUCCCAUUCCACACUUGGUAGGGGGCAGGUAUGGGGCUCCAGGGCCGAUUUAGGGUGAACAGAAAUCGGCGGGGGGGGUAACCUCUAGGAAUCCCCCCCCCCCCGCCCGGUGUCCGGCACUUUGAGGUGCUCCCACCCAUCACCCCAAAACUGGAGGUUGGGGACCCCAUAGCCACUAGCAGGGUCCUCCCUGCAGUGCUGGGGGGGGAGCCAGAGGUGACCCCAGAAUAUUCCCACACUGGCCCCUCAAUGAAGGAUGCUGGGGCAGGGGGCUGGCUGUGUCCUGGCUUGGGGGGCACCCCAUAGUUCUACACCUGGGGGGCAAUUCCCCCCACAUUGGCCCUGAGCCCCCCAGUUGUAAAUGUCUUUGUUUUAUAGGAGUUUUUUAUAUUAUAAAAUAAAGUGAAUUUUGUUAUUUAA